AUGCAACCGGACACUCGAUGGGCUCAAUCCGUCGUGUCUGACUUAGUUACUACCCCGCUGGAUGCUAAUCAUCAUACAUACGAUAUCGAAAAAAAACAAUUAUCUACUGCUUCUAUACCUUCGUCAACAUCGCAACCACAAUUAGUAACAACAACAAGUUUUUUUCCACCACAACGUGUCGAACCAAUUGAUAUGCCACGUUCACAACAAACAGCAACACAACAUCGUACUAAAACAGGUUAUACUCAAUCAGCAACAACCGAUGAACAACUAACAACAGCAAUUUAUUACCAACAAAAUAGACCUAUGAAACGUAUUAUACAUCCUGCUGAUCGUUCAUCAGUUAUUGUCAUUUUACAAGCUAUGUCAACUAUUAUAUUCGCAAUCUUUAUUUCGUUUCCAUGCAUCAUAUUAUUAGCACUUCUAUUACCAAUAUGUUGGCUCGUACGAACAAGUGCACGAUUAAUCUGUCGACAUCAAUGUACUGUAACGCCAUGUGCUUGUAAUUAUCUAUCUUCAAGUGAUCUAUUCUGGUUUUAUAAUAGUAAUGCAUCAACAAAUCAAACUAAAACCGAUGAUGAAACAAAUAAACUAAACUCUCAAACUAUAUCACCAAUAGGAGCAGCUAUUUUUUUUCUUGAAGGAACAGUAAAUGAAAAUUCAUUAAAAAAACUAUUAGUUCAUCGUCUUAUAACAGCGAGUAUUCGACGUGGUUCAAAUAUGGGACGAAAAUUAUUUCCACGAUUUUCUCAAUUAGUUAUUUCCCGUUUUUCUGGUAGAAUGUGGAGUGAUUAUUCACAAUUUUCUAUUGAUGAACAUGUACAUGAAAUACCACAUAAUAUUCAAUCGGAUGAAGAAAUUCAAACAUAUCUAUCAACAUUAUUAUCAACAGAAUUACCACUUAAUCGUCCUCUCUGGCGAUUAUAUUAUAAAAAUCGUCUUACACUACGUCCAAAUGAUAGUAUACUCAUUUUUUUAUAUCACCCUGUUUUAUCUGAUGGAAUAUCCUUAUUACGUAUUUUAUUAAAACAUGCUGUUGAUAAUCGUACAACACAAUUAGAUAUAAAACCACGUUUUGCUGGUAGAAAUCGUGAAAAUAUGAUAUUUGAUUAUAUAAAAGCAUAUCUAUUUGGACAUAAACUUAUAUUCAGUAAAUUAUUAUCCCGUCUAUCGAAAGAAAAUUUUUUUAAGCGAACGUUAAAUAAAAAUGAUAAUAUAUCAACGAGGAAUUCUCAAUCACAACAACAACCACGAAGAGUUGUUGUGUGGUCAGCUCCGUUUAGUUUGACACAAGUGAAUCGAAUGAAAUUGGUUACGAGAACACGUUUAAAUACACUUCUUUCAACAAUAGUUAUUUCUACUGUGAAAUUAUACAUGGAAAAAUAUGGUUUAUCAAAUCCGCCAAAUAUGAACUGCGUAAUGCCUUGUGAUCUUCGAUCUAAUACGGCCAAUAUAGUUAUGGGAAAUCAAUUAUCACAUCUAUGCAUCGAGUUGCCUAUGGAUAUUGAAGGUAACAUUCCACUCCUAUGGUCAUUUAAUGAUAGUGCUAAGCGCUUCAAAGAAAAUCGAGAUUAUGCAACUAUGCAUUUAUUCACACAUAUCACUUAUCUUCUAUUUCCAUAUUGCUUGGCUAAUAGAAUAAUAUCUCGUAUUUACAAUAGUGCUAGUUUAUGGUUAACAUCAAUCGCUGUCGGGAAUAGUGCAGCACUAGCAACAAUAUCAGUAUGCAAUCGUGAUGUACGAAAUUUAAUAUGUUUUAGUCCAAGUAUUGGUACAGCUAAUAUUAAUUUUUGUAUUACAACAUAUGCUGAUGAUAUUCGUCUUGCUGUUAUUGCGGAUCCAAAUAUUGUACCUAAUCCAAAUUAUUUUACUGAAUGUUUUAUUCAACAAUUAACUGUUGUCCAAGAUCUUCUUGCUCAUCGACGAAUUCCAGGUGAAAUUCGUCGAAUAACUCGACCACCAAGAAUACAACCACAAAAGCAAAGUAUCAGUAGUAUAUCUGAUAUGCCUGAUGAUUUAUCCAUAGAAGAAAUUCAAGCAAAAAUGGCAACAUUACAACAGGAAUUACUCUCAUUGAAAAGUCAAUUCGAAAAUGUUGAUAUGACUGAUCCAUCAUGUCAAUCUCAACGUUUAAUAAUAACAACAAAAUUAGAAGAAUUAAGACGAGAAUUUCGUGAGUUACUUAUUAAAUUACAGGAACGUCAAUGUGAACUAUCGGGUAUGAUACCAAGCGAUGAAGAAGACGAAAUGGAUCCACAUGUUCGCGUACGUUUACGAUCGGCAAGUGUUGCGUCAAGAAUUUCUCUAAAAUCAAACGAUCAAAGACAAAUAUCAACAAAUGAAAGAGUUCCACGUGUUUUUGUUAUAUUCACUGAUGGUCAUAGUAAUACAGGUCCAGCAGGAAUGCCUGCUACUCAAGCACUACGUGAUACACUAAUUGAAGGCAGUGCUUUUGCUACAGGUAUAGGAAACAUUGGUCAACAAGGUGAACAAGAAUUAACUGCCAUUGCUGGUAUUACCGGCAAUGUUUUGAGCAUUGCUUCUUACAGUGAUUUGAUUUGUGCAGCGAAUGCUAUUGCAAUACAAAUAUGUGAUUAUCCAGCUUCUAUCGAACCUAAUGUAAGAACUCAAGUUGAAGUAACAGGAAAUAUAACUCAAUAUUAUAAAAUACACACAUCAAACAAAGUGGCUAAAAAUACGUUUUUUGAAAUCGAGAUAAAUGAUAUAGAAGGACAAUCUAUUGUACAUACGUCGAGAACCGAUGGAAAACCAAAAUCAUUUGCAUCAAAAAGUAAUAGUAAACGAACUGUAAGAAGCAACGUCUACACAACAUGCGUACCAGCAGAUCCACAACAUGCCUAUUUCAGUGUUCAAAUCGUUAAAUCAAAAAUGUGCAAAUCGAAUUUUAUUGUCCGUGUAAAUUCGUUUGAUUCUUAA